UAGUAUGUACCUAUUCCUCUUCUUGUUUCUUCAAUCAUGUUCGUAAAUUCGUAAUACAUUGCUGGUUAGUAAAUGAUGUGAUAUGAACGAUUAGGUUUUGGGUAAUGAUCAAUUUUAUUGUAAAUUUUACGCGUGUUAAGGUUUAGUUAUUUACUUCUUCUAUCUGGAAUAUUUUUUUUUUAUAAACUUCUAUUAUAUUAAACAGUAUAUACUAUUGUUAUACUAAGAUUAUAUAGACAUAUUUAGUUAAAAACCACAUUAACUACUUGAAGUUGACAUAUCUAUCAUCGUUCAUUACUGACUUAAUUUAUUUUAAAUAAAUCAUAUGAUGGCUAAUGAAAAUUCAAGAACAGACGAAAAAUACUUGUUGAAAAAUGGCCGUGUCUUACUAAAAGAAAUGUUCGAUGGACUGGCUUACACUUAUCCAGUAUUUGAUGUUUAUCCAGAGAGUAGAAUAGUUGGAUUAAAAUUGAAAUUAGAAAAACGAGUUUGUUUACUUGGUGGCGGUGGAUCUGGACAUGAACCAUAUCCAUUUGGAUAUAUUGGUGAUGGGAUGUUAUCUGCAUCUGUAAGUGGUUACGUUUUUACUUGUUGUUCAUCACUCAAUAUUUACCAGGCAAUCAAAUAUUUAAAUAAUUAUAAUUGUAAUGGAGGUGUUUUACUUAUUGUGGCUAAUUAUACCGGUGAUGUAUUUAAUUUUGGAUUGGCCUGUGAAAAAGCGAAAAAAAUUGAUAAUAUUAAUGUGGCUGAGUUAGUAGUAAGUGAUGAUUGUUCAAGACCCGGUGGAAAAGUAGGCAGAAGAGGCAUGUGUGGUUUAUUGUAUGUUAUAAAGAUAUUGGGUGCAUUGGCUAAACGAGGUAGUAGUAUUGAAGAUUUAUUGUGUCUGGGUAAAAACAUCAAUGAAAAGCUAGCAUCGCUUGGAAUAAGUGCAACUUCAUGUAAUGUGCCUGGUGAAGACCCAUCAUUUUUACUUCAACAAGGAGAGUUUGAAUUUGGAGUUGGAUUGCACGGGGAAGCAGGGACUUCAAGAAUUAAAGCAUGUGAUGUGAAAGAUUUGAUCCGUUUAGCAGUAGAUAAGAUAUGUAGCACCUUAUGUUUGAAGGAAUUCAGCAUAAUUUGUUUGAUUGUGAAUAAUCUUGGAUUGGUAUCACACAUAGAGUUAGGCGCAUUAGCUAAAUACACUAAAGAAUAUUUUGAUGAACUUAAAAUAGAGGUUAGCCGUAUGUUUGUGGGAACAUUUAUUGUAUCUUUAAAUAUGUAUGGAUUUCAAUUAAGUGUUAUUGAUGUGAGUAACAAUCAAGAAUGGAUUAAUUAUAUAGAUGAAGAAACAUCAGCUUUUGCUUGGCCGGGAAAUAAUAUGAGCAUCAAAACAAUUGAAAAACAGAAAUCAGAAAAUAUAAAAAUUCCAAAUAUUGAUGAUAUAGAUCCUAAAAUAGGUGUAUGUAUAUCAGAAAAAUCAAGUUUAAUAUUGAAAAGUAUAUUGAAGCAAAUUGGAGAAGAUCUUUUGAAAAAUGUUGAUGUUUUGAACAAACUGGAUCAGGAAAUUGGAGAUGGCGAUAACGGUUCAACUAUUUCACGGUUUGCAAUAGAAUUGCUUUCAAUUCUAAAAAAACUUCCAUUAAACUAUCCAGCUAGUGUAUUGUAUUCUUUGGCAUUCAUCUGUGAAGAUAAAAUGGGUGGUGCCUCUGGAGCUCUUUAUAGUUUGUUAUUGAAUGGAGCUGCUGGGCAUUUAGCUUCAAUGAACUAUUUAGAUUGGACUGGAGCUUUGAAAAACGCAUUAGACACAGCUAUGAAAUAUUCAAGUGCAAGAAAAGGAGAUAAAACCAUGUUUGAUCCGCUAAUUGCAGUAUAUGAAGUGUUCCAGGAAUAUGGAAACUUAAGUACUAAAGAAUAUACGACAGUUUUAGAAAAAGCAUUACAGCACGUACAUGAUGUUUGCAAUGAUGUAAAACAAAUGAAAGCUAAAUUUGGCAAAGCUUCUUAUGUAGAAAGUGUUACUUCUGUUGGUAAAAUGGAUGCUGGAGCUUAUGGUGUAGCUUUAUGGUUUAAUGCCAUAUAUACCGCUUACAUGGAUGUAUCAAAAUAAAUAUUGUUUCAUAAUAAUCAACAAUUUGAGUAGUUUAUGUUAAACAUUAGAUUAUUUAAUGUUUUUUA